AUGGGCAACCUGGCGUCGACGUACCGGAACCAAGGCCGGUGGAAGGAGGCCGAGGCGCUAGAGGUGCAAGUGAUGGAGACGAGAAAGAGGAUGCUAGGAGAGGAGCAUCCCGACACGCUGGCCAGCAUGAACAAUCUUGCCUUCACUUGGAAAGGGAUAGGUCGUGAUGGAGAUGCUCUUGGCUUGUUACAGACCUGCUUUGAUCUCCAGCAACAGGUACUAGGCGAAGCUCAUCCGUCUACAGUGUCAACGCUGUCAGCUCUGGAGGCAUGGCUAGAGGAGAACGAGCAGCCGGUAGUGUAA